CAUUCUUCACAAUAAAAUUUGCGUAUGUGUCAUCAUUCAGCUGAGUGCAAAAAUUUUUGCAGGAAAGAAAAUUUAUCAUCGCUUUCCAUCAAAUCGUCCUAAAAAUAACCGUUAUCCGUAAAAAUCGCUACACAAUUCCGUUCUGUGACUGAAAAUCUUCCAUCCAACCCAAACGAUAUUUGAGCGACCAUUCCAUCUGUGUGGGGUUUGAAAAAUAGUGGAAAGUGUACUUCCAGCAGACAAGUGCUAUUGGCCGAAGUUGAAGUUUGAGUUGUUUUUCAGAAAAAUGCGAUUCCGCUUUGUUAAAUUCCAAGGAUAAACUUAAUUAAACAUGGAAAGACGCUUAAGAGAGUAUGUACAAAACGUCUAGAUUGUAAAAAAGUGGCAGUCGUGAUUUUCUGUCGAUAAAGGGGCGCUCCCUUACUGAUUGUCAUUGUGGGUGGGGACCCUCAUCCCCCUUUCGACGUGCCCUGGUAGUUGCUGGCGACAAGUUUCUUCGCACAAAAAAAACGAGAAAAAUCAUCGGAGUUAAAGGGUACAAAAGUCUAUGCUAUUAAUUUUUAGUUCGAAUUGAUCAGUUUUUUCGGGUCGCAUUUGCAUUUUGAAUUAAACUGUUCAGUGGGAUAUGGCAUCGGGAAAAAUGUCCGAUAAAUAUUCCCACUAUAACACUGACAACAAAUGGCUAUAUUUGAAAGACGGCUCCAACAGAAGGUCGUCCUAGAUGAUACGGAAGCAAUUGCAUGCACUAUCGAAACAGCGCAAAAUAUCGAAGGGCAUACGGAAUAUGUGCUAAGAGUGCAGCGUGGGCCAUAUCCUGAAAACAGCUGGCGCAUUUUAAGACGUUACAAUGAUUUUGCUUCCCUUAACAAAUGCUUGCAAAUAUCAGGGAUCGAUUUGUCGUUUCCCGGAAAGAAGUUUAUUGGUAACAUGCGCCCUGAGUUCAUAGCUGAGCGGUUAUUUGCAUUACAAGAGUAUAUAAAUCAAGUACUAAUGAAUCCAAUUUUGGCAUCAUCGCUACCAACCAAAAAGUUCAUCGAUCCGGACAGUUACUCAACUCCGUUCCAUGAUCUAGCCCUUCAGUAUGCGUCUAUGUGUCUCCGCGCCGAAGGCGUCUACACUCUCGGACAGUCGCUAGGGCCGAUCGGUUGGCGUUUGCGAAAGCAUUAUUUUAGGGUGGUUCACAAACCCCAGGGUACCAAAAAUUCGCCGGGUAACUCGACCACGAAACAUCAUCUGAUAAAGUCAAGUUCACAGUCACACGGUAAGCAGCAUACUACGCAAGUUUGCGUGACAACUUCAACGGAGAAGGAUUACAACAACUCAAAAGAGGGUAGCGGCAAAGACGAUUUAAUACUCAGCUGGACCGAGUUUGGACCGGAUAGGUACAUUGAUGAGAAAGAGAUACAUAAUGUGUUGAAGAACUUUGGUGGCCUUCAACAUCCGUACAUCGUGCCGAUAGAGUAUAUUGCAUCGAACGACAAUGGGGCGCUGGUAAUUCGCAAGUUCUACAAACAAGGUAGCCUGAAGGAUGUUCUAUGUGCAGCUUCUCCAUGUAAUCCGUUUCUGUCGAAAUAUGGCAGUCCGAAGGGCCGAGCUCCGUUGCCUUUGAAAGAACUAGCACUUUAUGCGCGACAAAUUCUGGAAGCGAUUCGAUUUCUGCAUUCCAAGGGAAUGGCAUGUGGUCAUGUGCACUGCGGCAACGUGUUGAUUGUAGAUGGAGUUGCUCGCCUAAUGGACGCUGAAAAUUUUAUUUUCGGUGUUCCCUCAUUCUACCGGCCGUUUUUUGUGCAGCACAGCAAGAUAAAUAAUUGCGAGUCGAUUGAUGUGUACGGUUUUGGACACCUGUUGUACGAAAUGUGUAUGGGCUACCCACUGCAGGAUUCCUACGCCCGGCAAAUCAUUGACUGUCCAGAUAGUUUAAGAGGACUACUGGAAUCGAUUCUUUCGAAGGACGCAUGCAAAUCGGCUUUACCGACACUGGACCAGCUAGCGGCACAUCCAUUUUUCAGUGAAUACGCAGCGUGCUUCAACGAUCAGUAUGCAAUGGCAGCCGGUACUCAGAAGCCAUAUUUGAAAUUUUCAUCCAAUGCCAAAGAACAGCUGAAGAUAGCGUUACAGAAGACUGAAAACCGUGUCCGAGAUGAGCAGAAAUCGGUGAAAAACCAGAAACGUCUAGUCAGAGUGCAGGAGAUGAUGACCUCGGAGGAGGAGAAAAAGAAAAUUAAGCACAAAGCGAAGCAGGAACAUCGGCAAGCAAAACUGCGCGCCCAGAACUCACUGCAACUGAACAACGGUCCUCCGCAAACGGUUACAAUUAGCACCAGCUCCGGAUCGGCGGGUGCCGUGUUGAUUAAAUCGGACAGUGUGAAUAGUAUUACCUCACCGAAUGAGGCGGCUCUGAUGUCCCCUCCACCGCAAGCAACGGACGGCGGUGGUGGUGGUACUACGUCUCCUCUGCGCCCGCCACCAUCCGCUCCACCGAUCGGACCACCGUCCUCGUUGGCACUGUUCGAUCAGCAAAUGGCUGGUCCUAGCUCCUCGAGCAGUGAAGGUAGACUACGGAGCAAGUCAAUUUCUGCGGACGAUGGUUCCAGUGAAAAUCGUAGUGCUUUACUGGACUCGAUUUGUAACUUCAACAGAAACGGUCUAAAAAGAAUAAACAUCAACGAGAAGUGAGGUAAGGCACUCGGACUUUUUUUUGUUAUCUGGAUCAGCUUGGAUCGAUCGAUUUAAUCAAAACAGUACAGAAUCUGACCAUUUGCCUCUAGUAAUCGAGCCGAUUCGUAGUACGUACUACGACCUCUCGAACAAAUAUGCAUACAAAUAUCAACAGUACUAACGUACUCACAAAGUAUCAAACAGAAGGAAGUGUUUUGGACCAAUUUAUUCAUACUCUAGAGACAAUUUUAGAAAACCUAAAACUAAUAGAACACUUGUAGAUAUCAAAGAGUUCAACUGGAAUUUAUCAUCGUCAGUGCGACAGGCUAUAGCGACAUUCUUGGGGGAUCUUUCAGUAGAAAAGGUACGAUCUAGAGUAACCAAACAUAGCUACACUAUUGCACCUUAGCUACAAACUAUUCAAUUGUUGUUCUAAUAUUGUUUGUUCUAGCUACAAAUUCGUUAGGACUUGAAAUUUGAGCUAUCGUCAAUUUUUUUGUCUUACUUGAAAGCAUGUUUGGUGUAUUUAAACGAUAGUUUCAAUGGACCUUUAGUUUGUUUGUAUUGUUUUCCAAACCUGUUGAAAUUUGUAUUGUUUUCAAAGUCACGCAGGUAGGGAGUUACAAAGAAAUAUGAGAUUAUUGUCAGUAAAUUAUGUGUAAUUCAGAUCGUUCAAAGUAAAUCAGUAAACUGACGAUUUUUUUUGAAAGAUUAGAAACUCCUGCUGUGGGCAAAUCAGAUAGUUAAGUAUGGUUGAGAUAUUAAUGUAAAUAAAGAAGCUAAACAGUUCCCUGUGCUUCUAUGGCUUUAAACUAAAUUAUAUAACAAGAUCAAAGGAACACGUACACAAUAGAAAAAAUAGAUGUUGUUAUUGUAUAUCCCACAGUUCAUGUGUUCCAGUGUUUAAUGCUUCUGCUAAAAAUUUUCAGAUUUUGAACGAUUGUUCGGCAAAUUUCUUUAUAGAUAUAUUUGUGAUUUGUUGUAGGUCUUUAUUUGAAGAUCUAUCGAUUUAGUUAGAAUAAAAAGUGGAAAAUUGAAAGGAUCUUAUGAACGAAAUUAAACUGUUUUGCAAACUCCUGAAUGUUUAUAGUGUACCAUACAUUUAAUAUGUGUCCUGUAACUAAGCAGCUUAGUUAUUCAGUCUGAGAAAAUGCACGAAUAGCGAAACUAUUAAUCGAACUACAUUCCAAUGUUUAAAUUGCCCCCUGUUAAUCUUUCAAAUAUUCUCAUUAUUUAUGUUGUUCAUGUUAAGUGCCAUACAAAGUGUCGUUUAAAUAGUGCGUAAAAACGUCAAGGUAUGCUCCGCGCAAGAGAUGGGUUUCCUGGCGUUAGAAAAAGGUUGAGAUAACUAAUACUGCAGACACAUGACGCAGUGAAACCGAAUCACAUCUUGUACCACCAAAUAUUUAUUACAAACAGCAAACGUAUCACCAUCUCUUGAAAUAUGAAUAAAAUAUUAUUGUGAUUUACGUGAACAAAUUUGUAUCCUGAUAUUGUCCCAUUUUAUAACAGAAUUAUACAAACCCAAGCGAUACCAACCAGUAUAAUAUAGCAUUCGAUAGCAACACAACAAAAAAAACUAUUCAUAUUUAUGUGGCAGCAGAUAAAUGUAGCGAAAGUUAAACAGUAAAUACAACUACCUUUUGAUAAAGAUAAACCAAUUUAUAGAAGCUAUUAAAUUUGGUAUGUACUAUUCAAAACAUAAAAGUCCCUUUCAGAAAUAAUUAAAAUAAAAUACAUGAUGCAUAAAUUAGACUCAUUUCACGGGCCGGUUGUGUAAGAUUUCAUCGAAAACUAUUUUAUUUUGGGUAACAAAGUUAAAUUCCUACUGUCCUGUGAUAGCUUCUUCCACCUAUGAGCAAACAUUUGAAGUUCAGCUAGGUUAGCUUCACUCUCUUUUUCUAAUUCUUUUAUUCGGGAAAAGAUCAUCAACGAAAUAUUUUCCGAUGAAAUGUUAUACAAUCUUACCGACAUACGAUCCGAAUGUAUCUGUGGUAAAAGUUUGAAAAUAGGGUAAUUUCUAUCGAGUCACAUUUCAUUGUAAAUUGUUAUAGUUUUCGAUAGUAACAAACCACGCAGCAAAAGUAUCAGCCCAUUAUAAUCGACGCAAUCGAUGUUUUUUUUAUUAUGAUGAAACGAUCGGAAUAUGUUGCAAACCAGUCACGUUCUAAUCAUGCGGCGACGGAGGAUCGAUCGAUGAAAUUCAGAAAGAAGCAAUUUUAAUUUUCGGCCUUAUACUGCAUUUCAACGAUUUGUUUUAUAAACGAAUCUGAUUGUUUUGUUCGAGAGAUCAACCUGUCGAAAUGCGGAAUUUCGCUGAUUAUGUUGGAUCCUCUGAAGAGCAGCGCAAUUGAUAGUCUAGGGAUAUGAAUCGGAAAAUUACAAAGCUGUCAUCAAAAAUAGACUUGGUGAGCAACAAAAUCAUCAUAAAUAUGAACAGCAAAAUUGAAUGAGCUAAAUAAAAACCAAAAAGUGAAGUAUAUUUGUCAUAUUGGAUAGAAAUG